CCAGACCAUCCUCCAGCACUAGUGCAAGCAUAUUCGUUUCAAUUAUAUGGUAUAUCGAUCGUGUGAUUCAACUGGAAGGGAAGGAAAUGGUGGAAAAUGGUGAUGUUUGUGCGAAUUUGAAUUUUCUUAAAAAUUAUUCGUAUUCGGAAGAGGGAAGUUUGUUAAAUUGUGACCGAUGGAGAUUAUGAGUUAGAUCGAUUAUUGAUACGAUGAAUGAAGCCUAAUGGCACUUCUAGUUCCUGUAGUCUUCGCCGUUUUACCGUCGUACAUAAAACCGUGCAAGAAGAGGGAUCCGGACAUAAACGCGUGCAUCACAAGAUCGAUCGAUCAGCUUCGUGACAAAUUAUCGGCUGGAAUACCGGAAUUCGAGGCGCCACCCAUCGAGCCCCUAUACCUCAAGCAAAUUCGCCUGUCCAGGGGACCGAUUGGAGCAAGACUUGACGUCAAUCUCACGGAUUUGCGGGUGUUCGGCCCAUCCACGUUCAAAGUUCGAGAUCUCAAAGCGGAUGUCGAGAACGUGGUCUUCACCUUCAAGGUGAACUUUGAGAAACUCCAUUUCCAAGGGAAGUAUCAGAUCGACGCGAGGGUGCUUUUGCUCAAGUUGACGGGGGAGGGGAACAUCACUGGAACGUUCACCGAUUAUGAUUCAGACGUCGUUUUACGGGCGCGCAAAGUGUACAGAGACAAUGAUAUUUAUCUGAACUUUGAGAGGAUGAAAGUGAAGAUCAGGAUUGGCAAAGCACAUUUGCAUCUUAGCAAUUUGUUCGGCGGUGACACUGUUCUUGCUGCAGCCACCCAUGAUCUGUUGAACAACAACAAUGCAUUAUUCUUGGACGAGAUCACUCCAGUUUUGGAAACAUCCUUGGCGGAUCUUUUCACAGAUGUGGCAAACAAGAUCACAAAAUCUUUCACGUAUAAAGAACUGUUUCCGGAUGAUUGAAUCCAUCCAUCUUCACUUUGUCUUGUAAAAAUUUGUACAGUUGUUCUAUUAAUUUUUCAAAUUCAUUGCUCUUAUAAUUAACAUAUAAUAUACAGAAAUUUUGUAUAAUCGAAGGGAAGUUUUUAAAUUAU